AUGCGCUCGUCAACAUCGAUAUCCAGCACUUGCCAAUUCUACUUGUUCAAGGACUGUUUGGCACGGCGGAUACUCCAAUACCAAACCGUUGGUGGUGGCGCUGAUGACGCAAGCGACUCCGCCCUGGACGACUUUGUUACCUACCUGACUACCGAAGCUUGGCCAACACUUCCGUCUAUCCUCAAGGAAGCCACAUACGAGGGUAGAGACUCGCUCUAUCAAUCGAUACCAGACGUAGAGUCCGAGGAUGCCCUCUCAUUGGAUUCUACAUCAGCAGCCUUCAUCGAGAGCCUCGUCUCAUAUGGGAUCGUCUCAGAUGAUAAUGAGGCCUUGAGGUUCUUACGGAAGGCACUGGUGGAGUAUGUGGUGCAAGCGUGCGCACCGCCCCCGGUGUGGAGUUUGACACGGACGAAGGAGUGCGAGAUAUGCCAGCGGGAGGUCCCACUGACGUACCACCACCUCAUCCCGAAAUCGGUUCACGCGAAGGUACUGAAGAAGGGUUGGCAUCCCGAAUCUAUGCUAAAUUCGGUGGCGUGGCUUUGCAGGUACUCCAUUGUCUUGUUAAUAGCGGACUUAUGUCCAGCCCUUUUCAGGCCAUGCCACAGCGUGGUCCACCAGGUUGCAAGCUGUGAGGAUCUCGCACGAAAUCUCUAUACUGUCGAGCUCCUCCUUGAGCGGGAAGAUAUCCAGAGAUGGCAGAAGUAUGCUGCGAAGCAGCGCUACGGAGUUCGUCGUGGAUAG